CUGCGACGCGGUGACCAUAGCAACGGGGCCGCGGCCGCCAUGGGGCAGGACUACUACGCCGUGCUGCAGCUGGGCCGCGGCGCCACGGACGCCGACAUCAAGAAGGCCUAUCGGAAACUGGCCUUGAAGAACCAUCCUUUAAAAUGCAAGGAGCCCUGGGCACCGGAGAGAUUCAGGCAGCUGGCGGAGGCCUACGAUGUGCUCAGCGACCCCAUGAAGAAAGGCAUCUACGACAAGUUUGGAGAAGAGGGUCUCAAAGGCGGCAUCCCUUUGGAGUUUGGUGGCGAGAACCCCUGGACUGUUGGCUACGUGUUUCACAACAACCCUGACAAAGUCUUCAGGGAGUUCUUUGGAGGAGACAACCCCUUUGCAGAGUUCUUCGCUGAGGAUGGCUCGGAGUUGAUCCCGCCCUUCGGAGGGCUGCGAGGACGAGGAGCGAUGAAGCAAGACCCCCCGAUUGUGCGGGAUCUCUACCUCUCCCUUGAAGACCUGUUCUACGGCUGCACCAAGAAGAUUAAGAUCUCGCGCCGGGUGAUGAACGAAGAUGGUCAAACAAGCACUGUCAGAGAUAAGAUCCUAACGAUCGACGUGCAGCCGGGGUGGAAGCAGGGCACCAGGAUCACCUUCGAGAAGGAAGGAGACCAGGGCCCAAACGUCAUUCCGGCUGACAUCACCUUCGUUGUCCAAGAGAAACUCCACCCGAGGUUUAAAAGAACCGAUGACAACCUCACUUACGUCGCCACCAUCCCCCUGGGAAAGGCGCUGGUCGGUUGCACGGUGGACGUGAGGACGCUGGAUGGGAGGCUGCUGAACAUCCCCAUCAACGACAUCGUGGACCCCAAGUACUGCAAAGUGGUGCCAGGGGAGGGCAUGCCACUGCUCCAGGACCCCCAGCGCAAGGGCAACCUCCUCAUAUAUUUCAACAUCUGCUUUCCCAAGAAGCUCACGCCAGACAAGAAAAUGCUCUUAAGAAGUGCCCUCCUGUCCUAGGGGAUGAUGCCCAUCCCGCUCUCCUCCCACCAAUAAAGCUCUGGAGCCAGCAUGGUGA